AUGGCCUCCUGCGUCCAUGCCAGUGCUGCGGAUUUGAUUCCACCUGGGCCUUCCCAGGCUGUUUAUCGAGAGGAUUGCACCCAGUGCUUUGAUUCUAUCGAUGAUGAAAGUGGCCUCAACGUCUGUCUGCAUUGUUUCAAUGGUGGAUGCUCUGGUGAAAGGGGCCAUGCUCUCCUCCAUUCUCGGCGGUUUGGUCACUCCUUAGCUCUCAACAUCCGGAGAACGCCCAAAAAGAUACAGCGUGAUGAGCCUCCGCUGAAAAUUUCCAAGCUUGCCAUCGCUGCCGAAACAGAAGAAGAUAGGUAUGACAUUGCUACCUCGGUAGUUUGCUAUGAAUGCUCUGAGCAAAAUGUCGACAAGUCCAUUGGCAACCUAUCUGUGGUGGUUGAGGGUAUUAUGAACGCAAUGACAUUUUCUAAAAGAGAGGAAAUCAAGGCCUGGGAGCAAGAAUUUGUUCCUUGUGAGCAUACCCUCUGCUUGGUUCAACAAGAGUCCGAGCAAGCAGCGUCAAAAGAUUCGAGUCAUUGUACGGAGUGCGAUCUAUCCGAGAAUCUCUGGUUGUGUUUAGAAUGCGGAAAUACAGCUUGUGGACGAAGCCAGUUCGGUGGCAGUCGCGGGAAUUCACACGGUCUCACUCACGCCGAAUCGACAUCACAUGCAGUUGCCGUCAAGCUAGGCUCCAUCACAGCAGAAGGCUCGGCUGACGUCUACUGCUAUAAGUGCAAUGAGGAAAGAGUGGAUCCAGAGCUAGCCGUACAUCUUGCGCAUUGGGGAAUUUAUCUGGCCGGGCGUGAAAAAACUGAGAAGAGUUUGAUGGAGAUGCAGGUCGAACACAACCUACAAUGGGAAUUUUCAAUGACGACUGAGGAUGGCCGGGAGCUGACCCCUGUUUUUGGUUCGGGCUUUACCGGUCUGGCUAACCUUGGAAACAGUUGUUAUCUGUCUAGCAUCAUGCAAUGUAUCUUCUCGGUGGCUGGCUUUUGUGAGCGAUACUAUCACCCGUCCGAAGAACCACCGCUUUGUGAAGCACCAGCGCAAGACCUAGAGACUCAAUUACGGAAACUUGCUGAUGGGAUCCUCUCGGGAAGAUACUCUCGACCUGAUUCCCGCCUUCUCUCGUCUCCGGGUGCAGAAGCGGCCCACCAAAAGGGUUUAGCGCCCACCAUGUUCAAGUAUCUCAUAGGACAGGGCCACGAGGAAUUUGCAACCAUGAGACAGCAGGACGCGUUCGAAUUUCUUCUCCACCUGUUCAAGACAAUCAGCCUGUCAAAGCACUCUAAUGGACGGGAUAAUCCAGUGCAACUAUUCCGUUUCCUGGUUGAGCAGCGUCUACAGUGUCUACACUGUAAGAAAGUCCGCUAUCGGGUGGAUGAGCAAGACAAUAUCUCUGUUGCGGUUCCCGCACGUCGUAUCGCUACUUCAGACGAGACUGAAAAUCAUUACGAGUCAAUCACUCUGUCGGAGUGUCUGGAUAUCUUUACUUCGGAUGAGGUCGUCGAGCUUACAUGCCCUGCCUGUGCUAGUCAGAGUGGCUUCAUGAAACAGUCAAGAUUCAAGACGCUACCUGAUGAAUUAGCUGUCAACGCUCGUCGAUUCAAGCUCGUCAACUGGGUCCCUACAAAGCUCGACAUCCCUGUCUUGGUGGAUGACAAGCCACUUGACUUUGGGUACUAUAUGGCUACUGAGCAUGAUUCUAGUGAGCAGCUACUUCCAGAAGUGGAGGAACCCAGAACAUUUGAACCGAAUCCUCAGCUCCUUGAUCAGCUUUUAGGCAUGGGCUUCCCUGCCGUCAGGUGUGAAAAAGCUCUCCACGCCACUGGGAACUCGGAUCCAGAAGCUGCCAUGAAUUGGCUGUUUGCACACAUGGAAGAUCCAGAUAUUGAUGAGCCGGUGACUCUGGGUCAACAAAGCAGUUUAUCUAAUGAUAAUGAACAGGAUAUGGCAAAAGUUGCUCAACUAGGUGAUAUGGGUAUCGAGGAGCCUCGGGCUCGACGGGCGCUGGCUGCAACAGAUGGUGAUGUCAAUCGGGCCCUUGACUGGGUUUUCAGUCAUCCUGAUGAGCCAGUGGAAGAUGAAAGCGCGGAUGCAAGUGAUAACACACAGGCUCAUGGUAGCCAGGUUGGUUAUGACUGCUUACCUGCUCGUUAUGAAUUACGAUCGAUUGUAUGCCACAAGGGCACUUCUGUCCAUGCAGGACAUUAUGUCGCUUUCAUUCGCAAACAGUUACCCGGUCAAAGCCAUCUAUCAUGGGUCAUGUUCAAUGACGAAAAGGUGGUCAAAUCUGAAGACGUUGAAGCGAUGAAAAAAACCGCGUAUCUGUACUUCUUCACACGAGUUUAG